AAGCUUCGAGUUCAUUUAUCCAAUUACACUCUAGUUUGCUGUUACCAGGAUCCAGCAGACGCGAUGGGAAAAGCUUAACCUAUCCAUCGUACUGAAUAUUCUUUAAUAGAAGGAGGUUAUGGGCAGCAUACAAAACUGCGUACCGGACACCAUAAUACAUUUUUCACUAAGCAUGCAACUGUCGGUCUCACCAUAGCAGCGCUAGCUAACUAACCCACAGAGCGGUAGGAGAGUUAGCGCUAGCCACUGUGGCUACACCUUUACUAUAGCAUUGCUUAAUAAUGGCACGAACAUUAGUCGUAACAUGAUAUUCUACACAUCACCGAUAAACUGCCAACUCUGUCGAGUAAACUACCCAGAAACUUCAACUGCUUAACAAAAAUGGCAAAUACUGUGUUGGAAGUUGGUACGGGCGUUUUCGUCGUUGCGGUCGUUUGGAUUGCGGCGGUUGUGUUUGGGAUGAUGCUGCUGAGAGCAUCUGGAUCAACAAAGUUAGGAGUUAUUCCCAUUUUUCUCCUGGCUCUCACCAUCACUCUGGCACUGGUCUUUUUCCCUCGCAGCCCAGAGACAACCCCCCCCUUCAAAGAGAUAGAGAUAGUGGACACUUUGUUCAUCGGCCGUUAUGUGCUGCUGGCGGUGGUGAGCGCAGUCUUUCUGGUGGCGUUCUUCAUGCUACUGCCCUUUCAUUUCCUGGAGCCAGUCUAUGCCAAGGCCUUAAGAACACACUAGAGCUGCUAGGGUCAGGGUUGGCACCAGGAUCACAUCACUGAUGUAUACAACUUAAGACAAACAAGGCCUGGCGAGAGGCCCCCGUCAUGUGGAAACAGAUUACAGAAUGCAUCCCAAACAGAAACAGCAGGAGAGCCAGUGUUUUUCUACAUGGCCAACUGCUUGCUGGUUGUUGACUGUUUAUGCACAACCAACAGAAAUGAGAUAUCCAACAGUAACAGUGUUUAUUUAUAUUUGUAUCAUUUAAUACAUGGGAUGAAUAAAUAGUUUUUAUUUGAUGUGUGUAAAGCACUAAAGUAAUUCCUAGUCAACCAACACUGGAAUACUCCAUUCACCUUUUAAAAAGGAAAUCAGAUAACUUACAUUGCCAGCGUGAUUUUAUUUUUCUUUUAUUACUGGACCUCCUAAUAUGUUGGUUCCUGAACUAUUGUCAAGGUGAGGCAACAAGUUAUGGUGUUAGUGUCAGUACAUGAGACAAAUUUUAACGCAGUGACCCAGUGUGCUAAGUCAAAGUUUUUUACUAAAAUUAGCCUGUAGACUGGAGAUUGCAUUAGUGUCUCUUCAACUGGAGUGACUGAUGAACAAUGUUAAUAUAAGUGUUUUUGUUUUUUUACUGUAGCUAAUUUGAAUGAUGCCAAUAAAUGCAUAACUUGACCUCAGUGAUAACCUGAGCACAUUUAUUGUUUUUUUACAGCUUGACAGCAAGUGUGUCAGCAUCAUCACUAACAGAAAACAUGAUAUAAUAUAGUAUGACACACCAAAGCAGCUGACACACUGCAUUUGUAUUACUAACAAUAUUAUUUAGUGUUUUCAGAUCCAUAGAUACAUUCAUACAUUAAUAUGUAAUACUGGUUAUGGUCAGCAAGAUGUGCUACUCAUUUUAAUUGACAACUAGAUUUUUACGGUUUUGUUCUGAAUUGAUAAAAAUGGACUGAAGAAAGCAAAUUUUGCCUU